AUGGGUAUUCUUACCAACAGUAAAAUCGAGGACAAAAAUGAUUACCCUUCAGCUGGUACGUUUGUACCUGUUGAUUACCAUGAGUAUCUGGACAAAAACUUUCAUGUGUUUUGUAAAGGUGACCAUGUUGCCUAUGAGGUGUACGAUCCUAGAUUUCAGGAAACUUACAAUACAGAACCAAGAGACUCUAAUGUGAUACAGCUUACUGAUUCAACAGAUGCUGUGUAUGUCCAUACCAUAAUACUGGGUGAGGUGCAAGAGGAGAUAGACAGAGGGAAGGAAAAACCAGCAUUAUUAAGAAAAUAUGAAAUUGAUCUCGGAGGAAAUAGAACAGCUACAGUGCCUGCUACAAAGCUGUACAGGUUCUUAUUUGAAGAAGAGGAGACUAUUGCCUCAAGAGAACAUGUAGAUAAUUAUACACCAUUGCCACAUGAUUCAACGUCAUAUGAAGAGAUUCGUCUUGCUCUGAAAGAAGCAAAGCUGCUGCCAAAGGAAGAAGAUAGAAUAUGUGCGUGUAAGCGAUUGGUAUUAAAGGGGCACGUGGAUCACAAGGAAAGCUUUAGUUGUUUUGUGAAGGCUCUGGCAGAAAACAUUUUAGAUGAAGAGAAAUUAGACAAACUAUUUAGGGCAGACAUUGCAAAACAGAUGGAUGUAGUUGAACAACAAGGAUUGAAUGAUAAAGAUGAAGUUGAUGCUUAUCCCAAAGAGUCGCAGCCUGUAAGGGGACAAGGAGUGCCUUGGACAAUCAUUGGUAAUAAGCGAGGAUGUCAAAGAGGCCUGCGGAGAACUUGUGGAAUGUGGACUGUUGGAUGCAACCCACAACGUUCAGAAGGGCUGCGUUGGUUUCGCCAGGCGCAGGCAGAUCUGCAGACAGCAAUGUCAGCUAUGGGAAGUUACUCUCAAGGAUUUAACUGGAUUUGUUUUCUGUGUCAUCAGGCCGUUGAGAAGGGCCUCAAGGCGGUUUUGUACUACAGAGAUGCAAACAAGUGCUCUCUCAACAGUCACAGCCUUGCUGAGCUGUCCUCUCGCAUCAGUGAUCAACCUUUAACUGACAUGGCCAAGAACAUAGAGACUCUUGUGGGUCAGCACACAAUCAUGAGGUACCCAGAUUUGCUGGAGUUUCCACACAUUCCAGCAGAAGUCUAUAAUGCAGAGCAUGCACAUAAAGCAUGCUGUCUAACUAAGACUGCUUUGCUGAGAAUAUCUCACUUAUUACAAUAA